GGAGUGGUCUGGUUAAGCUCAGUUUUGAAAUGCUGAGUUUAUUCUCAAUGGUGAGAAGACUGUUCCUGAGAAGAUUCCACGGGUAAGAGCUGAUUUUCCCGUGUCCACAAAACGACCCUUUCAAAAGGACUGUGAAGAUGAGCACUGCAGUUGUGGUUGGGAUUUCCUGCCCUGGGAGCAGAUGGCUUUUUCCCUUUGGGAUUUAGGAAGAGCAUAGCUGGAGUGAUCAGGAAUACUUACUUCAUUGUAACCUAGAAAGUGUGUUGUUUAGCGUUUGGACCGUCCACAACUUAUUAAAUACAUAUUCAGAAGUGUCCAGGAUUGGAGGAGUUGUUCCUGUUUGGACAUCUAGAGACUGAUUCAAGGCUUAGGCAGUGACUCCAUCAUAAUGUUCAUUAUUUGGUCAACUGUGACUUCUCACUGACCUUUGCCCAUUUGCCCCUGACCAGUGUGGACACCGUUGGUCAGAGGGAAGAACAAAAUGGCUGAGGCAAGGCCAGCUGUGGCAGAUGGCAAUCAGAAGCUAUUUCCCUGUGAAGUCUGUGGGAGAUGCUUUGCAGCAGAUGUUCUGGAAAGACAUGGACCAAUAUGUAAGAAACUUUUCAACAAAAAACGCAAACCCUUCGAUUCCUUGAAGCAAAGAUUGCAGGGAACUGACAUUCCCACCAUAAGUCAGCCGCCUCAGCCCAAGGGUCAGCCCAUGAGGAAAUCCAACUGGAGACAGCAGCAUGAGGAUUUCAUCAAUACGAUUCGGUCAGCAAAGCAGUGCACUCUAGCCAUUAAAGAGGGCAGGCCCCUUCCACCUCCACCUCCUCCAACCAUCAACCCAGAUUAUAUUCAAUGCCCAUACUGUAUGAGGAGGUUUAACGAAACUGCUGCCCAGCGACACAUUAAUUUCUGCAAAACCCAGUCCUCUCGAUGCGUGUUUGAUCCAGCCCAAACAGCAGCUAGACUGGCAUCCAGAGCUCAGGGUAAGGCCCAGGCAACUCCCAAAAAACAACCAACUGUUACGAGUGCUGUGGGAACUCUGCUGCAGAACAGGGCUGUGGAAGCCAAGAAUGACGUCACGGCCAAUCCAAGAUUAGCUACGGAUCCUGCUUCUGGAGGAAAACUCAGACAAGGAUUUAACAAAUCUCCUAAAAAAGAUUAA